CCUUCGCAUCUAUGAUGUUUUAUCAUGGAAGCGUUUUGUAUAAACCACCUCAGCUAUUUGAGCAAUGUUCAACUUAUUUCCAUACGUUGGGUCAAUGAAGAGGAUGAACAACGUUGAACAAUCUUGUAGCUCCUGUGCGCUUGUUGACAUCGCGUUUAUCUACCUACUCUAUGUCACCAAAGCAUUUAAUAAUGGGAGAGAAUGAGAAGGGCCUUCGAACCAAGGAUUCUUAGUCAGUUGAUGAAAUUGCCCGAUUUGCCUGAUCCCUGUCUUGAUGAUGCGGCUAUUGUCAAAGCUGUGCGAUUGCGGAUGAACAACAAGCAUGAGGAGGCUUCCGAGGCUAUCGGAAAGGUAGAGAGAACGAUUCGUCUACUGCUUGAGAAUCUGUCCGAUUCGCUUCCCGACGAGAUGGAUCGGUCUGUCUCAGAGGUCACCUUUACUGUCAACUAUGUGGCUCCGGUCCUGAAUAGUAUCCUCAGAAUCAACGGGAGAACUGAUGUGCAAUACCCCAAUACAGAAUCAUCAGUGCAGAAACGCCAAGGGCUAAAGCCAGACCGACCUGACAUUCUCUUGAAGGUGUUCGGACACGAGAUCAUGUGCGGCGAGAUCACCGGCCCAUGUAGAGCGACCUGUAAAGCCAAAACCAACUGGGACUUAUUUCGACUCGCCAGAUUUGGGAAAUCAUAUCUCGACAAAGGAAACGACGCCGUUCCACUUUUGCGAGUGGUACACGACAGCGGCCUUGCGAUGAAGCUCAUUUCUCAGGCGCGUGGAGUAUAUCUCCUCGAGAGGGUCGGUUGGUUUACCAUACCAUGCACCAUACAGCCGUGCCUGCACUCUUGGCAACUCUACCAGUACUCCUUUCCACGAAGGUACGAGAUUUCGUGGAUUGGUUAAUGUUACGUACCGAGGUUUGGGAGUGCACCUCAGGCGCACUUCCAUUUUUAUUCAUAAGGUCAGAGUAUUACGUGACGGUCAUAGAGAGUCCUUAAUAAAAGGCUCUCGUUUGACAACAAUAAUAAAAACAACUUUUGAUCUCCUUGAGGUCCUACACGGAGUUGUAAAAACAAAUAUCCGAACAUCCAUUGUACAUCCAUCGCCAUCAACAAGAAAUGAAUCCGUCCAACUUUCCAGACACUGACUCGUCCUCAGUGGAGCAAUCCGUUGUCAC